UGUAGUGCGGCGGGGCCGCGGCGCGCAGGGCGGUGGCGCAGUCGCGCGAGAGGCGCGGCGGCCGAUGGGUGCGCGGCGCUGUGCGGCGGCCCCGCGAUGAAGGAGGACAAGGAGAACGCCAGGCCCCGGGAGCGCCGCGGGGCCGCCGGCGGCAGCGCGGUGCCGCCGAGCACGGGGCCCGGGCCCGCCGGCGGCGCGGAUGGCAGGGCCGGCGGCGCCGAGCUCGACCGCCUGGAGCGGCCGAAGGACAAGAAGGAGACGCUAAGCAAGGUGGUGAUCCGGAGGCUGCCGCCCAGCCUGACGAAGGAGCAACUGGAGGAGCACCUCCAACCCCUGCCCGAGCACGACUACUUCGAGUUCUUCGCCAACGACUCCAGCUUGUAUCCUCACAUGUUUUCGAGGGCCUACAUCAACUUCAAGAACCAAGAAGACAUAGUCCUCUUCAGGGACCGCUUUGACGGCUAUGUCUUCGUCGAUCACAAAGGUCAGGAAUAUGCUGCCAUAGUUGAGUUUGCACCUUUCCAAAAAGCUGCAAAGAAGAAGAGUAAGAAAAAGGAUGCCAAAACUGGAACUAUCGAAGACGACCCAGAGUAUAAGAAGUUUUUGGAAAGUUACAGUGCAGAUGAUGAAAAAUUAACCUCCACUCCUGAAACUUUGUUGGAGGAAAUAGAGGCAAGAAACAAGGAGUUAAUAGCUAAAAAGACUACUCCUUUAUUGAACUUCUUGAAAAAUAAACAGAGACUGAGAGAAGAAAAGAGAGAGGAGAGGAGGAGGAGAGAAUUGGAAAGAAAACGACAAAGAGAAGAGGAAAGAAGAAAAUGGAAAGAGGAGGAGAGAAGGAAGAGAAAAGAAGCAGAAAAACUGAAGAAAGUAGACAGAUGCCCAGAAAAAGAAAGAGACAGAUCAAAAGAAGAACCAAAGAUUAAGCUGCUUAAGAAGCCUGAAAAAGAUGAAAAAGACUUGGAGAAAAAAGAAAAAUCCAAGAAACUGGAAAAAGAGACUCUGAGGGAGGAAAAAAAUGCGAGUAGUGCAUCUGCCAAACGAUCUGAUGGGGAGACAAAGGAAGAGAAGGCAAAAAAAUCAGAAGAUGAGUGUGUAAAGGACUACAGGGACCGAGAUAGAGAUUUUGAAAGAGACAGAGAAUAUGAGAGAGCACAGAGGGAGAAACUGAGACGCCAAGAAGAGGAGCGUCGGAGGCAGAAAGAGCGCUUUGAGAAAGAGAAGGUUUUUAGAAGAAAAGAGGAAGAGGUGAAAAAGGAGAGAGACUUACUCAGAGAAAAGGGAAAGAAAAGUGAUCUUACAGACUUUACCAGCAGCAUGGACAAAGCUGAGAAAGUAACCAAAGACGAUAAAAAGGAGGAUACCAUUAAGAGGGACCGUAUCAGAAACAAGGAUCGUCCAGCAAUGCAGCUGUACCAGCCAGGAGCCCGAAGCCGAAGCAGGUUGUGUCAGUAUGAAGACAGUGCUGCAAAGCCCACAGAGCAGGGGGUGGAUAAGAAGCAAGAGAGUGAGAGCAGUAAUACAAAGGAAGAGGAGUGACUCGCAUGCAAGCCUUAUGUGUUCUGACUGUCUGUGCAGCCAAAGAGCAUGUACUACGCAAUCCAGAAGUGCCUUCGAAGCGAAGAAGGAACAAAGGAAGAAGAGGGGGCAUUGUGCUGUUGGAUGUUUCUGGUUAAAGCACCUCAGUUGUAGAUUCGGCAUUUGAAAUGUGUUCUCAUUGUAUUUUCAGUUAUUUGAAUUUCUUUUCCCAGCCUCUAACUGCAACAGAGAAGAGCAUCUUUGCAAAGUAGAAAGACUUUAUGGCCUUAAGUAUGAUAAUAAAUGAGUCAUGUGGUCAGGAGAUGACACCUGGA